GCGUGUCUUUCCCUCGCCAACUUGGCUGAAGUGUCAGCAGGACGACACACACACACAAACACACACUCACACACACUCUUCAUCAAAGUUUCACACAUGGCCCCCAGCGCGCAGCUCAAAGAGGCGAUAGCCGACGUGCAGGAGGGGAUCCGGGCCAUCCUGCUCGGACCACCUGGAGCCGGGAAGGGGACCCAGGCUCCUCGGCUAGCAGAGCGGUACUGCGUUUGCCACCUGGCCACUGGAGACAUGCUCAGGGCGAUGGUGGCUUCAGGCUCCGAGCUCGGCAAGAGGCUCAAAGAGACGAUGGAUGCCGGCAAACUGGUCAGUGACGAGAUGGUCGUGGAGCUCAUAGAGAAGAACUUGGACUCGUCGGCCUGCAGGAACGGCUUCCUGUUGGACGGGUUCCCUCGCACAGUCAAACAAGCAGAGAUGCUGGACGACUUGUUGGACAAGAGACACGAGAACCUGGACUCUGUGAUCGAGUUCGCUGUCGAUGACUCUCUGUUGGUCCGCAGGAUCUGUGGCAGACUAAUCCAUCAGCCAAGUGGACGCUCCUACCACGAGGAGUUCAACCCCCCCAAACAGCCCAUGAAGGAUGACCUGACGGGCGAGCCGCUCAUCCGCCGCAGCGACGACAAUGCGACGACGCUGCAGUCCCGUCUGGACGCCUACCACCGUCAGACCGUCCCUCUGGUGAAGUACUACAGCGCCAGGGGCCUGCACGCGGCCAUCGACGCCUCUAAGAACCCAGAUGUAGUCUUCGCCUCCAUCGUGGCCGCCUUCUCCGCCGCCACGGAAAUCCCCGCCCGUGCCACCGCCUCUGGUUGAAUCCUGAGCUGCUCCAUUCCCACCGAGGCGAAGGAUUGGAGUUGGCAAAAGAUCUCGGGUGGGUGGACAGAUGGAGGGGGGGAUGAGAAAAUAGAGGGAAUCCUUUAGACUUUAUAAGUUAUGGCUUUUGCGGUGCUUUGGGGCUCGUAGUUGAACAGCUUAUUGUCAUAUUCCUCAUCCUAAUAAAUGUCACUCUUUCUUACAAUCAUCACAA